AUCCAAAUGACCAAAUCUCAAUUGAAUGUUGAUAUAAAACUAGUUUACACUUGCAGUGUAUCUUCCAUUUUCUCUUAUUUAAGUAUUUAAUUAUUACAUACAGUACACUUUACACUAUAUUUACGCUAAAUCGCAAUACCCGCCAUAUUUACUUUCUCUUCACUGUCUUGGACUAUGCUUCUCUAACCCUUUCUUCAUCUGGUAAAUGCAAAACCAAAUGCAAAUGCGAAUCGAUGUUUGUUAACAAUGCGUGAUUUAGGGUUUCACGAACAACGACGCUCGUGGAGGCGUAACACCGGUUCAAGAACACGCAACACCACCGCCAACACCGUCACCGGCGGCGGCGAUACAAGUCCUGACUCCGUCAUCUUCACUCUCGAAUCUAACUUAAGUCUCUUCUCCUCCGCUUCCGCCAGCGUCGAUCGCUGCUCCUUCGCUUCCGAUGCUCACGACCGCGACUCCUUAAACUCCGAAAUCUCACUGCAUUUGGCAGGUCACGGUGGUGAUUUUGCUCCCAGUGAAAGCUGGAGUGGUCCAGAUCCGGAUCCGGAUCCGAAUCAAAAUCAUAACAGAAAACAACAUGCAGAUUCAGAUUCAGUUCAGAAAAAGAAACUUGGCGAAACUCUUUUCUCUGGAAAAGCAGAAAAAACAAAAGUUCAAAAGGAAGAUAGUGACAUUGAUUCUAAAGACGGAAAUCAACUUUCGGAAUUUGAUUCUGCGAGAAACUCUUUCUCUCUAGCUCUCAAAGAAUGUCAAGAUCGGAGAUCGAGAUGUGAAUCUUUAUUUAAAAAGCAAGAUCGGCGAAGACCUGCUUCGUUAGAUCUGAACAAUGCUAAUGCAACUGGAACUGGUUCUUCGCCUCGAUUAGUUGGAGCUGUGAAGAAGAGUAUGGUUCAGUCUAGGAAAUCGGGAACGGGUACAGCGACGGGGACUGGUACAUUUCCGAGUCCUGGGACUCCGAAUUAUCGUCAUUGUCAAGGCGGUGUUGCAAUGCAAAAAGGUUGGAGUUCUGAGAGAGUUGCAAGUGGGGGCCGCAAGCAAGUUGGUAAUGGUGUGACUGCUUUGUGUUUAAGUAAUGGGAGAACGUUGCCGUCGAAGUGGGAAGAUGCUGAGAGGUGGAUUUUGAGUCCUGUUUCAGGGGGUGAUGGAACUGGAAGGGUUUCAGUUCCACAGCCAUUAAGGAGGCCGAAGUCGAAGAGUGGUCCGCUUGGUCCACCUGGUGUUGCGUAUUAUUCGUUGUAUUCGCCUGCAGGUCACUUUUUUGAUGGAGGGAAUUUUAUGACGGCUGCUUCACCUUUUUCUGCUGCUGUUAAUGCUUCAGCUGAUGGGUUUACAAAUAGUUCUGGUGGCAAUGGUGGUGGAGGGCUUCCCACACGAACGGAUCCUUGCAUGGCUCGCUCAGUUAGUGUACAUGGAUGCUCUCAGAUGCAGGGUCAAUCGUCGAUUCCUUCCCGAGAGGAGAAGUUUGAUGCUUUCAAGGAUGCGGGCACCAAUGUAUCUCCUGCUGUUUCAAGAAGGGACAUGGCAACCCAGAUGAGCCCAGAGGGUAGCUCGUGCUCCUCUCCCAAUAUGAUGACUUCUUUCUCUGCUUCCAUUCCACCUACCCUGCCCGUAACCGAUUUGCAGAGUAUCUCUUUCUCUAAAAUGGAUAUCAGGGAUGUGCAGGUGGAUGAACGUGUAACCAUGACAAGGUGGUCCAAGAAGCACAAGGCCCUAUUCACUGGUAGAGGUUCAGAAAAUGUUGACAGCUGGAAAAAGAAAGAAACCAGCACUCGAUCUUCAUCUUGGGAAAUUUCUGAACGCUCAAAGACUGUUUCGAAGGCUAAAAGGGAGGAAGCCAAAAUCACCGCAUGGGAAAAUUUGCAAAAGGCAAAAGCUGAAGCAGCAAUACAGAAACUAGAGAUGAAGUUGGAAAAGAAGCGAGCAUCUUCCAUGGAUAAGAUUAUGAACAAACUGAAAUUCGCUCAGAAAAAGGCUCAGGAAAUGAGGAGUUCAGUUUCAGUCGACCAGGCUCAUCAAGUUGCCAGAACUUCUCACAAGGUUAUGUCAUUUCGGAGAGCUGGCCAGAUGGGUUCUUUGAGUGGUUGUUUCACCUGUCAUGCCUUUUAAGCUUCUACAGCAUUCCUUUCUGUUCAAGUGAAGCUAGGUUUCAGAAAUCAGAAGGAUUUAAAUCUGCAACGUGCUAAUGAAUGAAAGAUGUAGAGAGAGCAGCUUACUAUGUUGACACUAAAUUGGUGUCUUUGCAGUUUUGCAAUGCAUGAAGUACAAGCACUUUAGCCGGUAGAAUCUAAGUGCUUUGUAGCCUCAUCCUUGGGAGUUCGUAUUCAAAGAUAAAUAAUAUAUGUAUGUACUUAGGCCAAACUUUAGAAAUAAGCCUCUUUUUGUACUUCCUACUUGAUAGUUUCUGUUCAAAUGUAAUCUAUUAACAUGAAUAUCAUCUAUAGUAGAACGAUGAAUUAAUCACAAUCUCUGCAAUUUAGCCUUUCCAUCUCAAAAUUACACAUGCUUAAA